AUGGUAGAAGAACCGGAGGACCCCGUCGGCAGAGCCACCGCCUGUCGCGGCGACGAUGCAGUGCAUGCCUUGUCGGCGGAAUGCCGACUCGGCGUAGCUCGGCGCCUCCUCCCCGCCGCUCUGGAGAAGGCAAGGGCUGCCAAUGGCUUCGCAGGGCGGUGGAACGCGAUCAUCUCCAAGCUCGAGCGCGUGCCGCCAUGCUUCUCCGACCUCUCAAGCCACCCCUGCUUCGCCAAGAACGCUCUCUGCGGGGAGCAGCUCCAGUCGGCGUGCCAAAUUCUCGAAGAGGUCAUCGCGCUGGCGGGAAGGUGCGGCGGGGAGGCGGCGCCGCCGGUCGGGAAGCUGCGGAUGCAGAGCGACCUCGACGCGGUGGCGGGUAAGUUGGAGCUGAUUUUGAGGGACUGCGGGUUGCUGAUCAAGACUGGGGUUCUCGGAGAGGCCACCCUCUCGUGUCCGCCAUGUGUUCGCUCCGGCGAAGAGUCGCCGGCGGCGACAUCUUCCCCGUCAAAUCUCCGUCAGCUGUUGGCCAGGAUCCAAAUCGGCGACGCAGAGGCCAAAGACCGGGCCUUCGACGGCCUAUUGGAGAUGAUGAGAGAGGACCGGGGGAACGUGGUGGCGGCGCUCGGGCGGAGCAAUAUAUCCGCCCUGGUGCAGCUGCUGACUGCCCCUUCGCCCAAGCUUCGAGAGAAAGUGGCGUCGGUGGUCUGCUCGCUUGCAGAGUCGGGGAGCUGCGACAGUACCUUGGUCUCAGAAGGCGUCCUCCCGCCAUUGAUCAAGCUGGCAGAGUCGGGAAGCUUCGCGGGCAGGGAGAAGGCCGCCAUCUCGCUCGAGAGUCUCUCAACGUCGGCCAGCACCGCCCGUGCGAUCGUCGGCCACGGCGGUCUCCGCCCCCUGAUGGAUCUCUGCUUGGUCGGCGAUCCGUCGGCCUCUCGAGCCGCCGCCGCCGGCGCUCUGAAGAACCUCUCCGCCGUCCCCGAGGUACUCCAGGACCUAGCCGACGAAGGGGCCAUCAGACUUGCCGUCGACCUUCUCGACGAUUGCGGAGUCGAGCCGAGCACCAAGAAGCACGCCGCCGAGUGCCUGCAAAAUCUCACCGCCGGAGGCGAAAAUCUCCGGAGGGCGGUGGUCUCCGAGGGCGGCGUUAGCAGCCUCUUGCUCCACCUCGAGGGCUCCUCGCCAGAGGAACCCGCCGUCGUCGCCCUGAAGAAUCUGGCCGGCUCCAUCGCCAUGUCGGAGCUCCUCUCGAUGGGUCUCCUUCCCCGGCUGACCCACGCGCUCAAAGCCGGCUCCUUGGAGGCGCGGCGGGCGGCGGCGUCGGCCAUCUGCAGGAUCUCCAGUUGCCCCGUGGCGAGGAAAUCGGCUGGCCGGUGCGGCUGCCUCCCUCUGCUCAUCUCCAUGCUCGAAACCAAGGACAGCUGCUCCCGAGAGGCGGCGGCGCAGGCGCUGUCGAACUUGAUGAGUUGCACGCAGAAUUCCCGGGAGGUGAAGAAGGACUCCCGGAGCGUGCCGAACCUCGUCCAGCUGCUCGACCCGAGCCCCCACAACACAGCGAAGAAGUACGCCGUCCCCUGCCUCCUGCUCCUCUCCGCCAGCAAGAGGAGCAGGAAGAUGAUGAUCUCCUACGGCGCCAUCGGUUACCUCAAGAAGCUCUCCGAGGAGGACGUCCCCGGCUCCAAGAGCUUGCUCCAGAGAUUGGAGCGAGGGGGGCUGGGGAGCUUCUUCAUCAAGAAAUAG